GAAAGGCCCAAUACAAAUUAUAAGUCCAUUAAGGCCCAAUAUAAAUCACAAGCCCAUAGUGGCCCAAAACGACCUCUUCUCCCUAAAACCUUAACCAAAGGACUGCUGCAAACAUAAACCCUGCCUAAAAAAAUCCCCAUUUCCCAAACCCUAAUUGAACAAUCGCCAAUCGCCAUGAGACCUCUCGACGAGAACGAGACGACCCUCGUCUUCAACAAGCUCCACAAAUUCGUCGGCAACAACCUCAAGAACAUCGUCCUCGAAGCGCAGGCCCACGAGGGGCCCGAGCCGAACCCUGGCCGCUACUGCUUCCGCAUGCAGAAGAAUCGCGUCUACUACGUCUCCGAGUCGCUCGUCAAGCGCGCCACCAACAUCAAGCGCGACAAGCUCGUUGCGCUGGGAACGCAGAUCGGUAAAUUCACCAAGGGCGGCAAGUUCCACCUCACGGUGCAGUGCCUGAACCUGCUGGCGGCGAACGCCAAGCACAAGGUGUGGCUGAAGCCGACGGCGGAGAUGAGCUUCCUGUACGGGAACAGCGUGUUGAAGGGCGGGGUUGGGAGAAUCACGGAGAGCAUCCAGGUGAAUGACGGCGUGGUGGUCUUCUCGAUGUCGGAUGUGCCGCUUGGGUUUGGGGAUGCGGCGAAGAGCACGGUGGAUUGCCGGAAGAUGGACCCCAACGGAAUCGUGGUGCAUCGCCACGCCGAUAUUGGGGAGUAUUUGAGGAUGGAGGAUGAGCUCUAGCUGGGAAUUGAGGGCUACUUUGUGGUCAAUUAUAUGGUAUGGUGGGUAACCUUGAUUUUGGUUGGUCAAUGUUUGUGAUAUUCAUGAUAUCAUUUUGGGGCAAUCUAUUUUGUGUUGGUUGAUAUUGAUGAAAGUGUUUGAUAUCUGUUUUUGUUCCGUUACUACUGCUUAGUGCUAAUUUGGGUGAUUGCUUUCACUUUGUAUGUGAUAUUAUAACUUCAUUAUAAUGAUUUUGUGAUAUACUUGUGAUUCA